AUGACUGUUAGUUUUCUGUUUAUCAUUGGUCACUUUUGGUACAUGCUUUUCUGUAAUUAUUUAGGACAAGAACUGAUCGAUCACAGUAGCGAUGUUUUUCACAGAAUAUAUAACGUGCAAUGGUACGUAGCUCCGUUAAAAGCGCAGAAGUUAUUGCUGCUUGUGAUGCAAAGAAGCAUGCGACAUUGCAAAAUCGUCAUUGAUGGCUUAUUCGUCCCGUCGUUUGAGGGAUUUGCCACGGUAAAAUUUCGACUUUUUAUUAUUUAG